GUUAUUUUGACUUGUAGGUUAAUGCUAAAAUUGUGUGUACUGAGGUGUAAUAGAUGUAAACAUUUUCAAUGCUUACCCUAUCACACAUGUGUGUACGGGUGUUAUACAUACGUGUAGGGUAAACAUGAAAAUAGUACAUGAGAGAUAACGUUGAGAAGUUGGUGUUGAUUGUGCAAUUACGCAAAGAACAUCAACAUCUUCAACAAAUAUGCUCAUUGUUACUAUCCGUAAUUAUAUCCAUUUGGCAGAGGCAACUUAAAAUUAUAUAUACAAGUUGCUUAAAAAGACCCAGAAAUGGCAGAUUGGUAGUGCUGGGAUUUAAACUUAUGAUUUUCUCAUGAGAAGUUCAACAGCUUGACCAACGAGUUACCAAUAAUUCAUGAAAUGUUGAGCAAUUUUAGAUGAGGUAGCCGUAUAUAAGCAUAGACUGCGUUACAUCAUUUAUUUGGAAAGCAUUCAUGUACAAAAUUCUAUUCUCAUGAGGGGAAAAUAUCAAUAGGCAUUAACACUUUUGUCGAUUCAAACUGAAUUCCAAAAAUUGUAUUGGUGAACAUUCCUAGUUGGGCCGUUGAAAAAAGGUUCUGCAUAUCCUGUAGCCCAUGGUAAAAAAAAAAAAUUAGGCUCAGUCUGCAAUGCAGAGUACGAUAUAGAUUGCAAACAAACAUCUUUUUGGUGGGGUUUUUUUACAUCCCAAUCCCAAUUCGCCAAAAGGGACAUUGUGGUACAUAGUCAUAUUUGACAAAUGUUAUCUAUAAAAUACACUAAUGGUCAAAUUUUUGGACACAUAAUGGUAAUUCUUUAUUUAUGAAAAGUAAACGGAAAACAUCUAAGUCCAUAUCAGGCAAUAAAAAGUUUAAAAAAUAACAGGUUCAAAUGAUAUCAGUUGUAACUAAUUCAUUAUGUGCGAUUAGCUAUAUUACUUCAUCACUCAAUGAAGAACUUGCAUGUUGUACAGUGUUUGCAUCAGUCGUAGCAUUUUCUGUGCUAAAACAUGGGUAUAAUUCUUUUUUUUAACUUUCACCAGUUGCCACAAAGUAGUUUUUUUCUUUUUCAAAGCAUUUUGAAUCUGAUAUGCUAGCUAAUCGCUAACUUGUUCAACUAGUCGGUGAACCAUUAACUGUUAGAUUUCCGUACAAAUAGAACGCGCAAUACAAAAUGUUCGACGUUUGCCGAAACGGUUUCUUCAGACAUUGGAUUUUUCGGAAUGUGGAGAAUGUGAAUCUGGAGCUUGUUGCAGAUUCGAGCAGUUGAUAGUGUUCCAAUUUCUGGUCAAACUGAACGUAUCCUCAGUAGUAGCAACAGGUUGGCUAGUUUUAAAAAGCUAAGGGAUAAGUGAAAGAACAUGAAAUCAUUCAUAUAAUUUCAGUUAUUGGAAGAUUAUAUGAAGUUGACAAUUGUCUAGAUAUUAAUUUUGUAUUUAUGUGGAACUAUGAAAAACAUAGCUUACCUUUAAGUAGUGAGUAUGGGACUGAUUUCUUUCUAGCCCAGAGUGUUGACUUAUAGUCUUGAACUGAUUUCAUUCUAUCCAAAACUAUAGACUUAUAGAUUUCAAGUAUUGAAAAUGGAACUGUUGACUUAUAGACUUGAAGAAUUGAGUAUGGGACUGAAUUCUUUCUAGCCCAGGCUGUAGACUAGCUAAAUACACAGUGAUUACACAGAACAAAUACGGUUAACUAGAUUCGAUUUUCAUUCGGACAAAUAGCUUUCAUCCUGACCCCCCCCCCAAAUUUGCAUUGAAUGAGAAACUACAUAGAAUUAGCAAACAUCAAAUAUACAAUCAAAACAAAAAAGAUCCGAAUGGGAAGACACCGUUGUAAGUUUAGCGUUUUUAAAGUAUUUUUUUUUAGGAGAGGAUGACAAACAUACAUUGAAACAGGUACGCAGGUGUUUGAUUGUUUAAUGUGUAUAUGUGUGUGUCUGAGAGUUAUCUAGUCAUUGACAAUUCAUUGCUCAAUUUUAAUUGGUUGACAGUUUAGCUAUUGAUAAAUAUAAGUACAUAUCAGUAUCACCACCAGCCACAAUAGUGCUGUAAUUUUUUUUACAUUUUUUUUUUCUAUUUUGGAUAAAUAUUCAUGAUCACCACUGUAAUAUUGGGAUCAGCUUACGAGAAGGUUUGUUUACAGUCAUGCUUUAUUGCACAUCUUCACCUUUCCACCACUUGUCCUUUUGACCCCAAGUCAUCUACUGUCAAUAGAGCAGUCAGUCAAGCAGGAAAGGGUUUUGUUUUCUUGAAAAACCGUGUUAAAAGCUUGCAAAGGUGUUAAGAUGGCAACUACGUAGUGAUUGUGAAAUGUUAAUUUUCUUUUGUAUUAGAUGUGACACUAAUUCCCAGAUUUUAGGAUCCACUUCAGAACACACACUCCAGCAGAGUUCCUGCUUCCUUCAACCAGAGGUUCAGAGCCACACCCACUAUUCCUUCCCUGCUCCCUGCAGAGCGAGCUCUUGUGGGAAGGCAGAUCGCCAGCGCUGUGGCCGGAGAGAUGACCUACUGAACACACACACACACACACACACACACACACACACACACACACACACACACGUGUGUCCUGACAAGAUGAAGUCAUGGAUCCAGACAACCUUUAAUAAGCGGGAGUGUGUAAAGUUUUUACCAGCAUCAAGAGAACAUCACAGCCUUUCCUGUAUUUUCAGGUGUUUUCCUGUUUGCCAUGUUUGCCAAAACCUAGUCCGGUGCUGCUGCGGGAGACUGAUUGGCGAGCAUUCAGAGCUCGACUCCAGUUCUUGGCUCCCUCUGUCUGAGGAAGAAGAGGUGUGGUGUGUUGUUCAGCACACCAAAACCAGCCCCACUGAUGCAUUCGGAUCCAUCGACUUCCAAGGCAGCAACAAGUGUUCUUGUCGUGCUAAGUAUGUGCGUCUGUCAUGUGAUGCCAAACCCGAGGAGCUUUGCUGUUUAAUGUUGAGAGAAUGGAAUAUGGCACACCCCAAGCUGCUAAUAUCAGUGCAUGGAGGGACAGACAACUUUGCCUUACCCCCAAGAGUGGGGCAAGCAUUUUGCAAGGGUCUCAUUAAAGCUGCAGAGACUGCAGGAGCCUGGAUCUUCACCGAUGGCUUUAAUACAGGUGUCUCGAUGUAUGUUGGAGAUGCUGUGAAAGCCUAUGGUACAUACGAGCGUAGAAAGAGAACCGUGAUAGGGAUUACACCAUGGGGGCUAAUUGAGAACCACACUGACCUCAUCGGACUAGACGUCCUGAGGCACUACCAGACUUUGGGGAAUCCACUAAGUAAGCGCUCUAGUCUUAACGGCAUGCACUCGCACUUCCUGUUAGUGGAUGAUGGAACUCUGGGUAAAGCUGGAGGUCAGCAGGAGCUGAGGAGAAAGGUGGAGAGGCAUAUCCACCGACAGAGGAUCCACCCCAGGCUGGGUCAAAGAGUUCCACUGGUGUGUGUGGUGGUUGAGGGAGGUCCUGCAGUGCUCUCCACAGUGUUGGAGUACGUGAGCAGGUCUCCUCCCGUUCCAGUCAUCGUGUUCGAGGGCACCGGCCGUGCCGCAGACCUGCUGUCUCUCAUCCACAAGCAGACUGCAGCGGACAGGGAGCUUGAUGCGAAUAUGAAGGAGGAUUUCCUGCAGCGCAUCGAGAACGUAUUUGGUGCAGCAAGAGCGAAGGCAUAUCAGCUCUUCACUCUGCUUAAACAUUGCAUGCAGCACAGAGAGGCGAUCACCAUUUUUGACUCAGAAUCAGAGGACCAUGUGGAAGCAGAUGUGGCUAUUUUGACGGCUUCACUAAGAGGCACCCCGGAAGAGCAAUUGAGUGUAACGUUGGCCUGGGACCGAGCUGACAUUGCUCAGCAACAUGUACUGGUCUACGGACACCACUGGAAGGUGGGGGCCCUGGAACAUGCCAUGCUGAACGCUUUGCUGAUGGACCGUGUCAGUUUUGUAAAGCUGCUCAUUGAGAAAGGCGUGACUAUGAAGCACUUCCUGACAGUGUCUCGCCUGGAGGAGCUCUAUAACAUGCAGCACCAAGGUUGCACAGAUCACUUCUUACGCCAUAUAGUUGAGGAUGCCAAGCAGUGUCGUCUGCCUGGGAGCUAUAAGAUUUCUCUGAUCGAUAUUGGCAUGGUGAUUGAAUAUUUAAUAGGAGGAGCUUAUCGGAGCACAUACAGGAGCAAGAGCUUCAAAGCUGUAUAUAACCGAAUCCAUGGUGAACCAAAGGAAGGCAGUCAGAAGCGUUCAGCAUCCAGAAGAACGGAGCAGUCGGAAACAAAUUCACAAUUCUACAGAACUGCAGAUCCAUACAGAUGCAAGAUGAAAUCUGAAUCUGUGGCUAAUAAUGUGGAGGCAGAGCAGAGCGACUCAUCCCUGUUUGUCUACAGUUUCAAUGACCUGUUUGUGUGGGCAGUAUUAAAGCGGCGGCAGCAGUUGGCCCUUUUCCUGUGGCAGCAUGGCAUGCAGGCCAUGGCCAGAGCUGUGGUGGCAUGCAGGUUGUACCAGGCCAUGGCCAGUGAAGCCAAAGAAAGCAACAUGGAUGACAGCAUUACUGAUGAACUGAAGAAAUAUUCUUUAGAGUUUGGCCAGAUUGCUGUGGAUCUUCUGGACAAGGCUUUCAAGGAGAAUGAACGCAUGGCCAUGAAGCUGCUGACCUGGGAGAUGACAGAUUGGAGCAACUUCACCUGCCUGCAAAUGGCAGUGGCCUCUGGCCACAGGCCCCUUGUGGCCCACUCUUGCACCCAGAUGCUCCUCACUGAUCUGUGGAUGGGCCGCUUGAACAUGAGAAAGAACUCCUGGUUAAAGAUCAUUGUGAGUAUCCUGCUUCCUGUUGGCAUCCAGCUGCUAGAGUUUAAGAGCAAAGCCGAGAUGUCCCACGUGCCUCAGAGUCAGGAGGCCCUGCAGUUUGGGAGUUAUACCGGAAGCUUAGAAGAGCCAGAAACUGAGGACGUGAUGCAACCAGAUAAGUGUGAUGCAGAGAGAGGGAGGAGCAAUGUGACACACAGAUCAGGCCUUGUUGCAUGGUGGUUACCCUGGUCUAGGAAGGUUUUAGAAUUUUAUAAUGCACCUGUGGUCAAAUUCUGGGCUCAUACCAUGUCCUACUUGACAUUCCUUGCACUGUUCUCCUACACGGUGUUGGUCCGGAUGGAGCCGAGACCCAGCGUCCCAGAAUGGCUGGUCAUUGCCUACAUCUCCUCCACGACGAUAGACAAGAUCAGGGAGGUGUGCGUGUCUGAGCCUAGACAGUUUGGCAAAAAGCUAAAAGUGUGGUUCAGCGAAUACUGGAACAUGAACGACUUUGUCGCCAUCGUCCUCUUCUUCACGGGCAUGGCUCUGCGCUGGUACACAGGUUUAAUCCAUACAUCGGGCCGCAUCAUUUACUGCCUGGACAUCAUUUUUUGGUUUGUGCGUCUGCUAGACCUGUUAGCCAUUAACCAGCAAGCCGGACCCUACCUUACCAUUAUCGCCAACAUGAUGAAGAACAUGUUCUACAUUGUGGUCAUCAUGGGCAUUGUGCUGGUAAGUUUCGGCACACCUCGAUGGUCCAUCCUGAAUCCACACGAGGAGCCGUCUUGGAAUUUGCUGAAGCAAGUGCUCUUCCAGCCCUACUUCAUGAUGUUCGGGGAGGUCUAUGCUACAGAGAUUAAUCCAUGCGAGGAAAAUCCAGACUGUCCUCCCGGUUCCUUCCUCAACCCCCUCCUGCAGGCUGUCUACCUCUUCAUGCAGUACAUCAUCAUGGUCAACCUCCUUAUCGCUUUCUACAAUAAUGUUUACAUCCACAUGAAGACCAUAUCGAACCAGCUGUGGAGGUGCAACCGCUAUCGUUACAUCAUGACCUAUCACAAAAAGCCGUUCCUGCCACCGCCUUUGAUCAUCCUGAGUCAUUUGGCCUUGUGGGUGAAAGCAGUCUGGCAGAAAUACAGACGGACAUCCACACAUGACAGCGGCUCUGGCCUUAAACUAUUCUUGGCUCCUGAUGAUCUGAAGAAGCUGCUUGAAUUUGAGGAAAAAUGUGUGGCUGGCUAUUUCUGUGACAAACAUGAGAGUCAGCACUGCAGCCAGCUAAACCGGAUUCGCCUCGCUGCCGACAAGACUGAGGAGAUGAUGGGUACAUUAGCUGAGGUAUCUGAGAAGGUGCAGUUUAUCCAGGAGAACCUGCAGACCCUGGACGCCCACCUCGGUCAGCUGCAGGACAUGUCUGCUCUUGCAGUGGACACUCUUAACCUCCUUUCAGCAUCUGAUAUCAGGCAACAGGAAGCUGUCCACCUGUGUCCCAGCCCCCGAAUCACAGUUAAGUCCUACUCGCAGAUAUCUCCUAUUGGUGGAAACACCACUGCAAGCCACAUCUCACUGUCUCCUAAGGCUUACUACAGCAAUCCACCCUCCAUGCCAAGUGUCCUUGGCCAUGGCAGGUCCUGCAGCUCUUUACAGCAUUCACCAGUGGGUACGGGCAGCUUUUUUGACAGCAAGCUCAAGUGGGUGCUGGGAAAUUUGGAAGCGGAGCAUAUCGGACCAAGACAGAGACUCGGAGGAGACUCAUCUGUAGGAUUCCGUCUCUCGCACGGAUCUCUGUCUAAUUUGUGGUCAGACCUGCACGGGUCACCUGGACAGUCAUGUGCCAGCUCCCUCACUACCGUCUGGGAUCGUGAACCACAACAUCUGCACAGCCAGGAAGAGUCUAUGGAGGAGGAGGACGAGGACGAUGAUGUCUUUAUUGACACUAGAGCCAAAAGGAACAGCGUGCUGGGCAUUGUAAAUCCGGCUUUCUGCGGUGACAGUGAGAUAGCCAUGCCCAGACAAGGACGUUUGGGCAGGAAGUGGCCGUUUGCUGUAGAGAGUGAGCUGGGGCAUAGCCGCUCACUGUCUGCUAGUGUGGAGACAUUGGCCACGCCUACAAAAAGGCACAGUGUAUCUGGAGAACCUGUACCACUUCAUCCAGUCCAGAAGGAUAGAGAGCUCUACAGGAUCUUAGAAAGAAAGCGAUCGUUUGGCAGGAAGUGUGUUAAAAUCAAAGAAGGAGAAGCAGCUGAUGUCAGGAGACUGGAAAGAGAUUUAAGCCGAAGGAGCCGACGGAAAGGGAAGGGAAUGGCCGGACGUAAAUUCCGAUCAUCUGUCAGUCUUUCUCAGCUCAAUUCUGAUCAUGUGGAUCUCUUACAGAAGUCAUUCACAUUGGGCCAGAACACAAGAAGCCCCAACCAAUCAGUUUGGAACAGUUGGGCGCGCUCAGUCAGCCGGCGUUCUUCUGUACAGAGCUGGGUAGCAGUUGAAUCUCGAGCCUCCGUGUUUAAGUCGAGUGAAGAUUUGGACCCACAUUACUCGGCUAUGGAGAGGAACAACCUGAUGAGAUUAGCACAUACGAUACCGUUCACACCAGUGUCCCUGCUGGGAGGAGAGGAAGUGUACAUCUACACCCUGGAGGAGGCCGAGCCAGACUCCAUGCUCUCCAGCGUUUCCUCAUGGUGUCAGAAAGGUCAGGCGGCUGUGCUGCAGCCCGUUUCGGAGCUGGGAGUGCUGGACGGCGGGCUGCGACGCGCACAGUGGGUGCUGUGCACCUGGGCCGAAGAAGACGUGCUUAGGCCCGGCUGUGUGUACGUCAUCAAGUCCUUCCACGAGGACGUGGUGCACAUGUGGCAGACAGAGUUCCCCAACAGCACAACGCUUCAUCUCUGUUUAAGGGAAAUCCAGCAGCAGAGAGCAGCCCAGAAGCUCAUGCAAGUCUUUAACGAAGUCAAACCCAGCUCUAUUCCUCAUUCCCCCAGAUUUCUGGAUGUCUCACUGUUGUACUGGCAGGCUAAAGGCCAGUGGCUUACCAUAGAGAGGAGCAUGAACGGCGAGUUCAGGAAAUACAACAAUAACACAGGAGAGGAAAUCGCACCCUCUUGUGGCAUAGAAGAGACAGUGCUUUCUUUCUCACACUGGACAUACGAGUAUACAGGCAGAGAGCUCCUGGUACUUGACCUGCAAGGUGUUGGGGUGGAGCUGACAGACCCCGCUGUGAUCAGAACGCUUGAUAGAGGCUCAUACAGAAAUUUGGCGUUCGGCUCUGCCAAUAUGGGAGACAAUGCGAUCCGGAGAUUCGUCCUCAGACACACAUGCAACUCAUGCUGCAGGAAACUUGGUCUUACAGAUUUGCAGAAGAGCAACAAUCUUCACAAGCAAGCCUAUGAAGAGACUAUCAGCACAGGUUGACCUUUGCCUCAGAAGUGUUUUUUUUUAUGUUUAUGCUGAAUAUUAUUAUUAUUUAAAAUAAAAAAACACACACACAAAAAAAAGUAACCCACUAGCACAUUGCCCCUUUCACCAAGCACCAAAUCUAUGAUUGAUCUUCUGCCCGUUUUGAAAUCUUGAAGGACAAUGGUGUGGCAAUGUGGACUACCUUGAACAUAUGAUUGUUUGGAAACUGUGUCACUGCUACGUGAUUGGCUGAAACAGAGAACUGUGUGCAUCAGCAUGUUUUGAAGGUGUUCCUAUUAAAUUGGCCAGGAUGUACAAAUCAAAAAAAGUAGUAUUAUAUUAUUCUUUUUCAUUGAUUACUUGUCAACCAACACCAAACACAAUGCCAUGGGUGAAUAAUAAAAAAAAUAAAAAACGA